GGAGCCCGCGAGCCGCCCCGUCCCACGCGGCCUUCGCCUCCUGCUGCUGUCCGGGCCGCGGCCCCGGCGGGCCUGUUAGCGCCGGGCGGGGGAGCCCAGGUAACGGGAAUCAGUUCUGGAUUUCCAUAUAGAGAAACAUCUGGAUUACAGUCAUGGCUUCAAGACAACCAGAUAUUCCUGCUAUUGAGCAUGGCUCUGGAGGGCUUCUAGGAAAGAUGUCCCUGCCUAUUGGAAUGCAUCGUCGGGCAUUCAGUUAUGAUGAUGCCCUGGAGGAUACUGCACCGAUGACUCCUCCCCCUUCAGAUAUGUGCUCCAAUGUCCUGUGGAAACAACCGGUCAUCCCAGAGCGAAAGUACCAGGAGCUUUCAAAGGUUGAGGAAGGGGAGACUAGCAUGUAUCCACCUGUCAUAACCCCCUCAUCUUCCACUGAAAGUGUGAACAAGGUCCCAGUGGUGAAGGCCAAGGCCACUCAUGUCAUCAUGAAUUCUCUCAUUACAAAGCAGACUCAGGAGAGCAUUCAGCGCUUUGAACAGCAGGCAGGGCUGAGAGAUGCUGGAUAUACUCCCCACAAGGGCCUCACUGCUGAGGAGACAAAGUACCACCGUGUGGCUGAGGCACUCCAUAAGUUAAAGAUGCAAAGUGGAGAGAUGACCAAAGAAGACAGACAGACAUCUUCUACUCACUCCAGUCCAGACAGCACCCCCCACUCUUCUCCCAAACAGAAACACAGGGGUUGGUUUAGUCAGGGACCCUCCAGUUCUAUCACUGGCUCAGACUUGGUCUCCAUGGAUUCCGAUGGCGGGGACAGAGACAGAAUAUCCUCUGAAAAAUGGAGCCUUUUUGGACCCAGAGCUGUUCAGAAAUCCUCUAAUGAUCCAGGGGCCUUUACCAUCCAGUCCUAUAAGGGUGCCCAGAAGCCAUCCCCAAUGGAGCUGAUCCGUGCCCAGGCCACCAGGAUGGCAGAGGACCCAGUUACCUUCAAACCACCCAAGAUGGACAUUCCUGUUAUGGAGGGGAAGAAACAGUCGGCACGGUCCCAUAACCUCAAACCGCGGGAUAUGAAUGUGCUCACUCCCACGGGAUUCUAGGAAUAUCAUUGCCUCCAAGGAAGGAUGUUCUUGGUAAUGGAUUAACAGGUGGUUUCGGGUAUGCUUCCCCAUCCCACUUUCCUGCACAGUUACCUAGGAAAGUCUUUCUUUUUCCAUGUCAGAGCACCAAUGAGACAGAAACAAGAUCUGGAAAACAACCGUCACUACUUCUGUAGCACAGCCUGAAUCCCCUGCUUUUUUUAGAAAGUUUCUGUAAUAGCACCAAGUCCAUAUAAAUUGUCCUGUGUCAGCUGCAGUCCUAUUUAUCUGUACAGCAAGAUUCCACUGGGAGAUGUGCGCUGCUCUAAAACCUGAAAAUCCACCCCUUCUUGGGAGACCUCUUCCUGAGCAUCUUCCUGUGCUGAGUGGGCUGUCCUGCCCAGUUAUGUUCUAGGCUUCUACUUCUCAGCUCAGGGCCCUGGUCAAGUUGCCAGAAGGACAGCAUGCUUCUCUAGGAUAUAGACAACACCAGCAGCCGGUGGCCUUGUGCUAGAGACCAAAAACCUCCAGCCAAGCCUCUUGAAGAUCUCUAUCAAGAUUCCCUUACAUAAUCAUGUAGCUCCCCUGCUCUGCAAUGUCAGUUUAUAGUAGUUCCACAUCUAGUGUUUUUUCUUUUUAGGUUUCUUUGUUAAAAGGAUAACUGGUCCAUGAACAGUGACCAUUCUAAAGAUCAGCUCUUAGUGUUAAAUUCUGCUGUGCAGUUCUGUACUGGUGCUUGGUGGCAGGGGGAAACUUUUACUUUUGCUGUCGAAGGGUUUCAUUUUCCAGUGGGUCCAGAGGAGGAGAUGACCAGAGCUAGUGUGGCUUGAACUAAACCCUUCAUUCUCGUCUCAGAUCUUUGCAUGGUAAUCCUAUUCUGCUGCUUUCAGUGGGGAGCACAAAUGGAACUACAGUCGAUGUGGCACUUUGUCUCGGAGUUCUAGUUGUAUCUUGUUAGAGUGUGUGUGUGUGUGUGUGUGUGUGUGUGUGUGUGUGUGUGUGUGUGUGUGUGUGGAAGGGAUGUAGCAGUUAAAGGACAUGGACAGUCCCUCUUAUGUAAGAUCUUUAUUUCUCAACAUCAGAUUCAUGCAGGCAUUGAGGGGGGACUAACAGAGAAUUUAAUCUUAAACAUUCCUCCUGUGCUCUGGUAAGACUUAAUAUUUUUCUUAGCCUAGAUUUCUACACAUUCAUGGGAAACAGUCAACACACACCUUCACGUCUCUUCCUCCACAGAAGUGGGGAAGAAAGUUCUAAGCAGCCUCUAAUUCACUAAGCAGUGGACUGAGGGUUUGUGUGAAAUUUCCAUACCUGCCCUGUGGCAAACUGGUCACUUUAGAUUCCUUGACAGGUACUGGCCUGAACUUCUCCCUUUCCGUAGUGGUCACUGUAGCAGUCAGGUGGCAUGUAAGGCCCAAUCUUGUUGCAGCCUGUGUUAAAAGCAUCUUAUACUGAAAUGUCUUUCCUUAGCCUCUCUUUGGAGCUCCAUGUCCUGACUGCACUGCAAGGCUUAGCUCCCCCAGCUUUGAAGCAGCAUGGUUUGUAGCACAGCUUCAUUUCAGAUUCUUCACUAAUGGCAACCCCUGUCACGUGUGUGUGUGCGGAUAGCACCAAGGACUCCUGCCCUAGUAAUCAAUUGUCAUUAUGGAUUGGAAGUGCGUAUGAUCAGUGUUAAUCAGACUUCUUUGGCUUCUGUUAAUUUAUUUGUGCUCAUGUCGUUUUUAUUAUUUUUUUUUAAAUGGGCCUAACUGUUACAAGGGAAUAAAAGCCCGUGUGAGUGGA